AUGCCUUUGUCAGAGUUUUUGAAGAUGGUGGCCGGGAGAAUGGAGUCCGGCCAACAGAGAUCAUGUUCGACUGCUCCCUCUUCCCGGCCGGAAAAUGAUUUUGACGAGCUUAUUUGGCGAAACGGUGAGGUCAGCAUUCAAGGUCAGUCGAGCCAGCCCAAGACACCAGUUAACCAUGGUUUACCUUGUGACACGAGCAAACAUCCUGAGUCGAGACUCAGUACAAUGAGUGGGGUUGAGAGUAUGUUGAACGAGAUAACACCGGUGCUGAUGGAGCCCAUGAGGGAGUUGGGUUUAAGCGAAGAUGAUGAGAUGGAUCCUUGGUUAGAUGCCCUUACUCAGGAUCAUGCUUCUGUGCUUGUACCCGAGACAUCCUGUGUCAAGGCUAAUCCAGUCUCCACACAUAAUAGUAGCUUAUUGUCUUGUGUAAGUAAUUUGCAGAGUGGUGGUGAAGGCCCCUCGAGAGUUCGCCUAAUGGGUUCGUGGCCUCCGCCUCAUCAUCCCCAGAGAUCAGAUACUCUGGGAUCAGGAGUUUCCGCUAACCUUGUGAAAGCCAGGGACCUGAGUUCUCAUGAAAAAGAGGUGUUGAAGGAGAAAGCUCCGGAUGUGAAAUCAGGAAUCAUUGAGAGAUUUAAUGGUGUUUCAUCAGCCAAGCCGGCUGAGGCAAGUUGUGGGCAACCGAAAGCGGCUAAGGAAUCCUGUCCUCUAGAAAGAACGGACAAUUUGUGCCAACAGAACUCGGCUAAGAAUGAGAAGUCUGUAUUGGUAAGCAGUACUACUGACACGAGCAAAUGGGGUCCUCAAGGGGAGAAGUUUGUCGAGCCUGUGGUUGCUUCUUCUUCUGUGGGCUCGGGGAACAGUGCAGAUAGAGUUUCUUGCCAACAGACAAAAUAUUUGAAGAGAAAGUUUCAUGAGGCGGAUGAUUCUGAAUGCAGGAGUGAUGAUGUUGAAGCGGAAUCUUUGGGUGUCAGAAAACCAGCUCCAGCUCGAGGUGGAGGAUCAAAGAGAAGCCGGGCGGCAGAAGUGCAUAAUCUUUCUGAAAGGAGACGAAGAGACAGGAUCAAUGAGAAAAUGCGUGCUCUACAGGAACUUAUACCAAAUUGCAAUAAGGCGGAUAAAGCUUCGAUGCUCGAUGAAGCUAUUGAAUAUCUAAAGACCCUUCAGCUUCAAGUACAGGUUAUGUCGAUGGGUGCCGGAUUAUGCAUGCCCCCUAUGAUGUUCUCGACAGGAUUCCCACACAUGCCUCAUCCAGCUCACAUGCCACAUCAUCCAGCGAUUGGAAUGGGCAUGGGUUUCGGGAUGGGCAUGAUGGAUAUGAAUGGUGGCAUGCCCAGAUGUCCAGUUUCGCCCGUGCAAGGAUUGCAUUUUCCUGCAAGAUUGCCUUUGUACGGGCAUCAUCCUGGUCAAGGGCUUCCAAAUUUUGUAACUGGGCAGUCUUCAUUGAAUUUUCCCAUGGGACUAAGUAAUGGAGGUCAUAAUGGUAAUACUACGAAUAUGAAUCUACCGUCAAAUUGUAGUGGUGUGGUACCCAGUGGCUCAAUUCACGCCGAAUCUCAAAAGCCCCAAGUAACCAAUGAAGUUGAGAAUCAACCUGCUAUGGCGCAAGAAAAUAAACAGACGAACAAUGCUAGUGCCCCUGCAAAUAUUACAUCUGCUACAGAAACUGACAUUAGCAAAGAAGCAGGUAUCCAAUAA